AUGCGCCUCUUAAAAAUUACGCCCGCGGAUACUAUAGAGUUUCCACUGGUGCUGUACACGCCACUAACCACGUUGAUGAAACUUGAAAACCUUUCAAACGAAUUUGUCGCCUUCAAAAUAAAAACUACGAGCCCAAAAGGGUACCUGGUAAGGCCAAGUACCGGUGUAAUAAAGCCACUCGAGACUUAUGAAGUGCAAAUCAUUUUGCAGCCCAUAUCUGAGACUCCAAAGGCAGUCAACGAUCGAUUUUUAGUGCAGUUUGUGGUUGUUCCCAGCGACGCGCCAGUGCCAAAGGACCUGUGGACGGUUGUGAACAAGGCAAACGUACAGGAUCAUAGGUUGACGGUCGAAUUUGUGAAGGAAAACAACGUUUCGGUUCAAACGACCGGAAGUCAGUACGGAAUACCGCCAAAAGUGGCCGCAAGGUUAAUAGCUCCGCAAUCUUCAAACGUCGAAUUACCAGAAUUGCGCCAAAAAUACGAAGAGCUCGUGCAGUAUUGCCUGUCGGUUGAAAAACUGAAGACGAAUCUUCUCAAGGAGAACGAACAGUUAAGACAGAAGUUGCAGUCUCAGACUAGCCCAAAGACACGAAACAAGAUAACGCUCGAACUGUGGCACGUCCCGGUUCUUAUUAUACUGUUUGUGAUACUGCUGAAACUUUUUGGCCAUUUUUAA